AUGCAAGCCACGUUGGCGCCACUUGUCCUCGCCUUAUUGGUCGCGAUCCUAGUCGUGUUUGCCGUGCGGACAACGAUCGUGACGUGGAUAACCGUGAUGGUUCUGCUGGCCUUUGCUGGCAAACGCCGUCGGGUUCUGGUUAAGGAAGGGAGAAAGAUCACGUCUGAUGUGGCAAUGUCUCUCGUUAGUGUAGGGAAAUUUCAGUCUCUUCUUGCAAGAAAAUUUAAAGAAUAG